CUAAUCUUUCAUUGUCCACAAUGAGUACAUUAUCCGGUGUAUGGUUUACAACGUUGUCGUCUACGGCCGUAAUUUUAGUCCACGGCUCGGUAAGAAACCUAACUUUCACGAAUCGAGGAGUGACGAACACAUCCCUGGAGGUCACCUGGUUGAGUGCGUUGGGAGCUGUGGAGAAAUACACGGCGCUCAUCGCUCCCAUAGAUUCUCCCUCCAUUUCCAUCAACUAUAAUGGUUCACUCACCGCCAAGUUUGCUGGGUUGAGGCCCAGAGUCCAGUACAUCGUCACGGUGAAAACCAUCGGCAAAGGAAAUGUCUCCGAUGAAGGAGUGUCCGUGACGCAGAGUACAGACUCUGACGAGUGCAGCGACGGGACCAGCAAAUGCGCUCAGGUGUGCAAUGAGCUGAACCUCUUUGAGAACAGCCAGGGCUACAACUGCAGCUGCUUUGGUGGCUUCAAGAUGCAGCAAGAUGGCAUACGUUGUCAGCCCAUUGUCUCCUGUACUUUGGCCUGUACCAAUGGAAAGUGCUUCAUUGACCAGAUAACGAAGAGGCCCACCUGCUCCUGCAACAAGGGCUUUGCCCUUGAUCAGACCCAGCAGAACUGCCUAGAUAUCAAUGAAUGUGAGGCGAAGCCGUGUGACCAGGAAUGCACGAAUCUGGUUGGAACGUAUCAGUGCUCCUGCUAUCCUGGCUACAACGUGGAUCCAGAUGCCGCCUACAGAUGCGUAGAUUUCCAUCGUACAUAG